AUGCCGCCACCGCUGCGCUUCAAGGCGGAGUCCGUUCGGCGCGAGGAGGCGCGCAACGUGGUAGAGCCGAAGCGGUCCAUGUCCGUCCGCGACACCCUCUACGGUCAGCUCGAGUUUCCACCGGUGAUCCGCAUCCUGACGGACUCGCCGGUGGUUCAGCGGCUGCGCGAUCUGAGGCAGCUUGGAAACUCCUUCUACGUCUAUCCAGGUGCCACGCACUCGCGCUUUGAGCACUCUCUAGGUGUCUGCUAUCUUGGCAUGGAGCUGUACCGCAGUAUCGUGGAUGGCCACCGAGAGGAGCACAGAGACUUUGGCGUUCCUGAGAUCGCGAACCAGACGCGUGAGGCGGCGCAGAAGGACAUGCAGUGCAUCGGAAUUGCCGGCCUGUGCCACGAUCUCGGACAUGGGCCGCUGUCGCACCUGUUCGAGUCCUUUGUGCGCUCAUGUGCGCGGCCCGAGGAAGUGCAGCUGCGCAAGUGGUCGCAUGAGCAGGCGAGCAUCAUGCUGCUGCGCAAGAUGUGGUCGGAGAAUGAGACGGAACUGGGUGAGCUCGGAUUUACGGAAGUCGAUCUGCGCUACGUGGAGUUGCUGAUCAACGGCCUCGCACCUGGCAAGGCGUGGCCCGACAACGUCGGACGGCAGAAGUGGGCGCGCUUCACGACGGAGAUUAUCGCCAACAAGCGCAGCGGGUUGGACGUGGACAAGAUCGACUACAUCCAACGGGACUCCGUCGCGUGUCUUGGUACGCCGACCUUCGUCUCCAUGAGGCGGCUUUUUCAAGGUGCACGGGUCGUAGUGGGCGACGACGACGAGACAUCCAUCGGGUACCCCGACAAGCUGGAUGGUGUCAUCGAGGAGAUCUUCCUGGCCCGCUCCCACCUACACCGUAUCGUCUACCAACACCGUGUCACGAAGGUCAUUGACCUCAUGACGCUGGACGCCCUGCGCGCUGCCGGGGACGUGUUCGAGGUCAGCAAUGGCAAGGACUGCGUCAUGCCACUGCGGUCGUGCGUGCUGCAUCCAGAUUUCUACGUACAUGCGAGCGACUGGAUUGUGCUGGCGAUUUUGCACGGCAGUAACCGAAAGAUACCUGAGACGUUGGGCAGCAGCGCGUCGGCAGAGUAUCGUCGCGAGAGGCUCGGCGCGGCACGUCGCAUUCUGCAGCGCAUCCAAAGUCGGCACCUGUACACGACGAUUGGCUCGUACCGCCACAGCGAGCAGACCUUGAUCAAUGCAGGCCGCCUAAACUCUGUGGAAGGGUCCAGCCAGGAGGUGAAGCGGGAGGUCAUGAUUCAGGAGCUGCUGUCCGAUAUCGAAGCAACGAACCUGGACCUGUCGAUGAAGCUGCACGAGUGGUCACGGCAGCACAACGGCAUGGCAGCGAUUGAGAUCCUGCAAGCUGAGAUUACCCAAACAGCCGGAGACAUGGACAAGAGGCAGGAUCCAGUGAGUGCCACCUAUUUCUUCAACCCGCGCCAGUCCACGCACUGUCGCGUCGAGCCGCACUUCUCGUGCAACGUGACGACGACGUUGUUCGUCAAGAUGGGUCCGGUGUCCUCCCUGGUCGUGGUGUGUCGCAUGACAUUGACUCCGCAGGAGAAGGAGUCACUGCGCAUUAGUUUCACCUCCGUCGCAGAUCGGCUUGGCAAGACGGACGCAAGCUCCUUUUCGUGCACCCCCAUGAGCCAACGGGGCCGCGCCGCUGAGUCAUCGCAACCGGCGGCCUCUGGAGCACAGGACGAGUCCGUCGCGACUCCAAAUCACUCGAUGAGGGAGACUGGGGGGCUGACGUUCUCCAUGGGCAGUGAUUAUCCGGCGGCAAAGCGGCUCAAACUGGACCUUGACGCCCGGCUCUACGAGCGGGCAGGCUUUGACGUUGAUCAGAGCAGUGAGGACGUUCUCCCCAGCGGCGCGACAAUGCGGUCCCUAGAGUUGGCGACGUCAGCGCGGGGCGGGCAGAUGGGGACGAAGAGUCAGGAUGACGGCAAUGGUGAGGAGACGGACAUCCUCAGCUUUUCCUAG